AGCAGCAGCAGCAGAAAGAGCAGCAAUAGCAAAAGCAGUGGCAUCUCCUUUGUAGCGUUUACCUUCUGGGUCCAUCCAACAGUCUGCCAUGGAUGCAGUGACUGUGUAUCAUGGCAAAAUCAGCAGGGAGACCGGGGAGAAGCUCCUGCUCGCCACGGGGCUUGAUGGAAGCUAUCUACUGAGGGACAGUGAGAGUGUCCCUGGAGUAUACUGCCUGUGUGUUUUGUAUCAAGGCUUCAUUUACACAUACCGAGUGUCCCAGACAGAAACAGGUUCUUGGAGUGCUGAGACAGCACCUGGGGUACAUAAAAGAUUUUUCCGGAAAAUAAAAAAUCUCAUUUCAGCAUUUCAGAAACCAGAUCAAGGCAUUGUAAUUCCUCUGCAGUAUCCGGUCGAGAAGUCCUCUGCCAGAGGUACACAAGGCACCACAGGGAAAAGAGAUUCUGAUGUUUUCCUGAAAGCGCCAUGAAGAAGAAUAAAACACCUUGUACUUUAUUUUCAUAAUUUAAAUAUAUGCUAAGUCUUGUAUAUUGUAGAUAAUACAGUUCAGUGAGCUACACAUGCAUUCUAACACCACUCCAGUCCUGUAAUGGACACACCUAGCCUGAUGCUAAAGCUGAAA